UCCAGCUGCUCCACACCUACAGGUUCUCAUUUCCAAGCUUAUCAACGGUCCAGAUCAAAACUUCUUCAUUAAGCGGUCUAGAUUAAAUCUAACGUGUACAUUCUCUGUUUAGCCACAAAAAGGAUUCCAGCUUAGAAGAAAGAACACUCUAAAUUUUCACUUCUCGUCUUUUCUCGUUUUUCUUUCUUUCUAUCUUCAGUCGUUUCGAAACGAGUAGUUAGGGUUUUAGAAUUUGGGUGAAAAGAAUGGCUGAGCACGAAGAGAAGCAUGAGGAAUCGUUGAUGGAAAAAAUAACAGACAAGAUCCACGGCCAUGAUUCAUCGUCAUCAUCGUCGGAUUCCGAUGACGAUAAGCCAUCAGAAUCGUCGGUCAAGGCCAAGGUCAAGGUCUUCCAUCUCUUUGGAAGAGAAAGGCCCUUACACCACGUUUUCGGUGGAGGCAAACCUGCUGACAUUUUCCUGUGGAGGAACAAAAAGGUUUCAGCAGGAGCGCUUGGUGUUGCAACUGUGAUAUGGGUUUUGUUUGAAUUGCUUGAAUACUACCUUCUCACUCUAGUGUGUCACUUGUUGAUACUUGCUCUUGCAAUACUCUUCUUGUGGUCGAAUGCUACUCAGUUCAUCAACAAGUCUCGGCCACGCAUCCCCGAAGUUCAAAUCCCUAAGGACCCUGUUUUAGAGUUUGCCCAAGCACUUAGGUUGGAGAUUAACCAGGCUUUUGCUGUCCUGCGGGUUAUUGCAUCAGGAAGAGAUCUUAAGAAGUUCCUCUCUGUGAUUGCUGGCUUGUGGGUUUUGUCUAUUGUGGGAACUUGGUGCAACUUCUUGACAUUGUUCUACAUAGUAUUCGUAAUACUUCACACUGUACCUGUGCUGUAUGAGAAAUAUGAGGACAAGGUGGAUCCAUUUGCUGAGAAAGUAAUGCAUGAGAUUAAUAAGCAGUAUGCAGUGUUUGAUGCAAAAGUUCUAAGUAAGAUUCCAAGGGGACCAUCAAAAGAAAAGAAGAAGGAUUAGAUUUACCAGCCAAGAUGUGCUGUUGCUAGGUACUGACAUACAUCUGGUAGCCGUGCGUUGUGAAGGUGUUGUUAAAUUUUAUCCAGUAUCAGCUAGAACCCUGCUUUUAUCCUUAAUUUUCGUAGUCACUGGUUCUCAAUGAUCAUGAAUAUGGGAUCCUUUUUUUUUAAAUCUUUGUUUUUUGCUACACACAUGGUAGCCAGGUGACAUUAUGUUGUCAUAUUGCUUGUUGAUUAGUGCACUGUACAUUGGGUUGAAAUUUCUCUCAAACUGUUCUGGAUAUCUUUCUGGAUGAUUCACUUUGCUUUGUGUUUUAACUGCUGUUGCAUGCAUUACCUACAACGGCGCACAUAUAAUUCCGGCCUAUGGAUAGACGUCUAAUUCCUGUCAGCCAGUGUAAAGUAUAUCGAAUAAGCAUCCUAUAAUGUUUUGAUAAAAGUAAAAUGCGUUCAUAGCUCAUGAAGAUGCCCAUGGAUGUCGUAGGAGUAAAAAUUUGGUGUCGAGGAGAAAAGCGAUUAUACCAACUACCGUAAGGCAGGAAAUCAAAAGAGUUUUCAAAAUCGUUGGUAUAGAUUGAAACCAACAUACAAGGACUUAAAAAAAGCGCUAUUGGUUAAAGACGGUCUAUCAAACAUCGGGUUGUUCCAUGUACGAACUUUUGCUGGAAAUAACACAGACUAGAGGUAAUGACCACCCACUCCCCUGACAAGCACUAUCUGAAGAGAUAUACUUGUACAUGAACAACCCAACUGUUGUAAAAUAAUAUUACAAACUUUUUUCACUGCUUCUUAACAGCAGAACUUGGUUAAUAAGAAGGAUAGAUUUUCAGCUUGGCUUUGUUCCCAGUUC